GUUGGCCAUUAAGCGCAUCUUCCAAGAAAACGUGUCUAGAAUCUGAGGUAAAGAAUUAGUUCAUCAUCAAUAGAAGAGGUUGAAACGAACAAGAAAUAUCGUCUUCAAAAAAAGUUUGUCAGGGAAAUGGGAAGUUUAAUUCAUCAUCAUUAGAAAAGGUGAAAGAUAAACGACAAACAAGCAUUAAACUUGAUCACAAAGUAUGGCAGUAUAAAUCUUUGUCGACAUUAAGGGUGUGUUUUUUCUCGACAAAACAGAAAACUGAAACGAAUAGCCAUUAGGUCUUGCUGACCAGAUUGAAUCCGUGUUAGCAUAAAACAACCUGAAUAUGGUUUGUUAUAGCAUUAAGCGACCUUUAGAAAAUACGACUAAAACAUUUGAUCUGAAAAAUAUCAAUGAUCGAACAAAGAACAUAAACUUUGAUAAGGUUUCCGACAAAGGUUUUAAGGAGCAACUCGAGGAAGCUCUGUAUAAAGAACUAAUUAAUGCAAUAGCAUUUAACAUCCUUGGUGGACUAUAUUAUAGCAGAGAAGAAUACCACAAAGCGAACGAAUCGUACGAAAAAGCUUUAAAAAUUGAAAUUGAAGUGUUUGGUCCUGGACAUAUCAAUACUGCAACAACGUUAUGCAACUUGGGCUUAAGUUAUCACUACAUGAAAGAGUACAACAAAGCAAAAGAUUCGUAUGAACGAGGUUUAGAAAUUCAAACAAAAGUGUUUGGUGCUGACCAUAUUAAAAUUGCAAUAACUUCGUACAACUUAGGCUUAGUUUAUCAAGACAUGAAUGUAUUUACCAAAGCGAGAGAUUUGUAUGAAAAAACUUUAGAAAUUGAAACUGAAGUACUUGGUCGUGACCAUAUUGAUAUCGCACCAACAUACAACAACCUGGGAAGGAUUUAUCAUGACAUGGGCGAGUACGACAAAGCAAAAGAUUUGUACGAACGAGCUCUGAAAAUUUAUACUAAAGAAUUUGGUCCUGAUCAUAUUGAGAGUGCAGCAACAUACCACAACCUGGGAAGCAUUUAUCAAAACAUGGGACAGUACGACAAAGCAAAAUAUUUGUACGAACGAGCUCUGAAAAUUUAUACUAAAGCAUUUGGUCCUGAUCAUAUUAAGUGUGGAGCAAAAUACCACGCCCUGGGAACCAUUUAUCAUGACAUGGGAGAGUACGACAAAGCAAAAGAUUUGUACGAACAAACUUUAGAUAUUGAAACUAAAGCAUUUGGUCCUGAUCAUAUUGAGAGUGCAGCAACAUACCACGCCCUGGGAAGCAUUUAUCAAAACAUGGGAGAGUAUGACAAAGCAAACGAUUUCUACGAACGAACUCUGGAAAUUCAAAAUAAAGCAUUUGGUCCUGAUCAUAUUGAGAGUGCAGCAACAUACAACAGCCUGGGAAGCAUUUAUCAUGACAUGGGAGAGUACAAAAAAGCAAAAGAUUUUUACCAGCAAUCUUUAAAUCUUAAAACUAAAGUACUUGGUUCUGAUAACGUUAAUAAUGCGACAACAUACAACGACCUGGCUAUGCUUUAUUAUGAUAUGGGACAGUACGAUAAAGCAAAGGAUUUGUACGAGAAAGCUUUAAACAUUGAAACUAGAGUGCUGGGUCCAGACCAUGUUUAUUGUGCAAUAAUGCAUAGCAAUCUAGGAAGAGUUUAUGCUACAAUUGGAGAGUAUGACAAAGCAAAAGAUUUGCACGAGCAAGCUUUAGAGAUUCAAACUAAAGUGUUGGGUUCUGACCAUGUUUAUAGUGCAAAAAUGUAUGACAACCUAGGAAGAGUUUAUGCUACAAUUGGAGAGUAUGACAAAGCAAAAGAUUUGUACGAGCAAGCCUUAGAAAUUCAAACUAAAGUGUUGGGUUCUGACCAUAUUGACAUGGCUUUAACAUACAAAUACCUGGGUUUGGUUUACUGUGACAUGGGAAAGUACGAAAAAGCAAUAGAGUUGAACGAAAAAGCUAUAAAAAUUCAAACUAAAACACUUGAUUCCGGUCAUGAUAGUAUUGCACAAACCUACAACAGCCUUGGUAGGGUUUAUGCUAAAGUUGGAAAGCAUCACAAAGCAAAACGUUUGUACGAACGAGCUUUAGAAAUUCAAACUAAAGUAUUUGGUUCUGAUCAUAUUGAUAUUGCAACAACACAAGUCAACCUAGGUAGGAUUUAUGCUGGAAUAGGAGAGCAUGAUAAAGCAAAAGAUUUGUACGAACAAGCUUUAGAAAUUCAAAGUAAAGUAUUUGGUUCUGAUCAUGUUGAUAUUGCAACAACACAAGUCAACCUAGGUAGGAUUUAUUCUGCAAUAGGAGAGCAUGAUAAAGCAAAAGAUUUGUACAAACGAGCUUUAGAAAUUCAAACUAAAGUAUUUUGUUCUGAUCAUGUUGCUAUUGCAACAACCUACAACAAUCUAGGUAGGGUUCAUCUUAAAAUGGGAGAGCAUGAAGAAGCAAAGGAUUUGUACAAACGAGCUUUACAAAUUCAAACUAAAGUAUUUGGUCAUGAUUAUGUCGAUAUUGCAACAACGUGCAGCAACCUAGGUUGGGCUUACUUUUCUGAAAAACUUUAUAAAAAAGCUCAACGACUUUACGAACGAGCUUUAGAUAUCCAGAUAAAAGUUUUUGGUUAUAACCAUGGCAACACAGCUACAACGUACAACAACUUAGGUUCAGUUCAUCUCACCAUGAGAGAAUACGCCAAAGCAAAAGAAUCGUACGAACAGGCAGUAGAAAUUCAAACGAAAGCUUUUGGUUCUGACCACGUAUAUGUUGCUGCAAUGUGCAACAACUUGGGUUUGGUUUACAUGAAAUUGGAAAAGUACAAUGAAGCAAAAGAUAUUCUACAAAAAGCUUUAGAUAUUGGUGCUAAAGCUGAAGUUAUUGAUACAGCUGCAACGUUCAACAACUUGGGUUGUGCUUUCAUUAAAUUGAAAGAAUAUGACAAUGCAAAACAUUAUCUUGGACAAGCUUUAGAAGUCGAAACAAAAGCAUUUCCUCCCGAUCAGUUCUACAAAGCUACAGUCUUCCAAAAUUUGAUUUUCGUUUGCUUUGCAACUGGAGAAAACGACAAAGCAGAAAAUUUGUUCAAACGAGCUUUAAAACAUAGAAUUGGCAAAUUCUAUUCGUCUGCUGAAGAAAUUGCCAAGGAAGUGAACUCAUGCAAAUUUAUCAACAGUGUCAAAUUGUUGCCAGAUUUAGGAACAGAAGAGUUUGUUAAAAGUUCAAUUUUACAUGCUGAAGAAAACAGAAAUCAAGCCACAAAAAUUGACGGUACAGAGAAAGAAAUGAAAGAUUCAGAUCUUACUGUGGAUACUAACACCGAAAUGAAGAAACCUGACACACUUCCUGGACAUGAUGGGGAAAAAAAUGACGAUUUCUUUGUCGAAAAUUUUCUUGACGAAUACUACGGCAUUCGUGAUGACGUUCAUGAUGUAUUAGAAAAAUUUUCUUGGAUUCGUGGUGGAUAUGGUGUACGAUGGAAACCUUAUCUUUCUUUGUAUGUGACGGUGGCAGCAGAAAGACACAAUGAUGAAGGUGCCUUAAGAAAAGAAAUUGAUGAAAAUUUUGGAUGGAAAGCUUCUCCUUACUUUGAAUUUAAACCUGAACCAAAGAAAUCGCAAUUUCAAUGGUUGUCAAAUCUUGAAGUAGUAAGAAAGGAAAACGACCAAAAUCCCACCAGAGGAAACAAUAAAGUUGAACGGGAAUUAAGAAUGAAAGGAGAAGUCACAAUGUUUUGCUGUGGAGAUGAGGAAUAUUACGCUUUGACUUGUUUUCACAAUGCCUGCAUCACUGAACGGCAAGUGGCUGGUAACGAAUUUAAUUUUCAUGAGGACUGGGAAGAGGUAAUGCAAACAUACGACCAAAUUUCCACUGGAGAAAUUGAAGAUUUAAAUGAAUAUUAUUAUGUUCCUCUUGUUGGUAAAAUAACACAGCUUGGGGCUGGUUGUUGUCAUUCAUUUAGCAAAACCACUGAUAUCAUGGCCAUUAAAGUAAUCGACGCUAAAAUGAUUUAUGGCCACCAUUCAUUCAUUGAGGAGCCUGAUUGGAGAAGAUUGUGGGACAGAGUUGGUAAUCAAAUAAGGAAUGGAGGUGCUAAGGUUCGGAAAUGCUUUGGAGGCGUACAAGGAGAGAUAUUAGACAUCAGCUACUCAUAUAGAAGCCCACAAACAAAUCGCGUUAUCUUUAGGAAUGCCAUCACCAUUAAAUGCAAACAUCCUUUUCUUAAAAAGGGAGAUUCUGGAAUUCUGAUAUAUUUCAAUGAUAAACUCACAGAAAAAGAAAUAGCUCUCGGGUACGGAGUUUGCUCACAUGAAGGAGACAAUGAUGAAAUUUUCUAUUUGGUAUUUAGACUAAACGAUGCAUUAAGGCAUCUAAAAUUAGAAAAUUGUAGUUGGUACUCGCCGUCAUAAACAUGUGAUCUUGCAUGGACUUAUUUUAGUGUCAAAUCCGUAACAAUGUAACUUUAUAUGUAUAAACUUUACGUUAACUUGAUAUAUCCAUAGGUGUAUAUGACUCAGCUGGAAAUGGUACAACUGUCCUUCCUCGAUAAUUUCGGCAGUAAUUAGAAAAUUCGAGCAACUUUGAACAAAUUUCAAAAAAUGUUGGCAACUAAGAGAAAAAUGCCGGGCAAUAUUUAUUUCUGCCCCCCAAAGUAAUUUUUAUUGACUUGUACGCCUACGGAUAUAUCUGUGCUUAUAACUUUCGUAUUUAACUUUAUUCAAACAUUUUAAAACUUUUAUUGCACAUCUCUUUUCACUAUAACAUACAUUUACUGGUCAAAUAAACCAAAAAGCAAAUAAAUAUACAAUGCAGUUGAAAUUCAGAAAAAGUUAGAGAUGAAUCUGACUUAGAGUCGAUUUGAGACAAAAUCAUAAAAUUGUACUUGGUGUUAAGAAAAAAAUUUACCAAUUACCAUCUUAAUAAUGUUUUUAAUUUUUCAGUAUUUUUUGCAUGCCUAUUAUUGUAGUUUAUAUUCUUAAUACUUAAACUUGUAAUGACCGGAUAUUUAUAUAGAAGCAAUAAAUUUUCUCACAAUGUGCAGAGGAUAGCAUAAGUUUUUUGAAAUAUAUCCUUAAUUAAA